AUGGAAAUAUUUUCUACAAGUUCUGUUGGAGAGGACCAGCUGCUGCUGGAGCGGUUUCAACGGCGAGCAGAAAAGCAGGGAGAAAAGGGAAAGAGGAAGUUAAGUCUCGUCCUCAAAAGCCUCCACAUGAACGACUCGGGCACUUUCUACUGUUCCGACGGCAACAGAAAUUCGCCAAACAUCUCCGUCUCCGUGGAGCUUGAUAAAGAAAAUGGAAUUGAUGUCAGACCUUCUACCACACCCCCUCAACGCCAUGGUUCAGUAACCCUCUCCUGUAAUUCCUGUAAGGACCAGAGGGAGGAUAAAUCUGAUGGCGACACGAAGAUCACAUGGACCCAAAAUGGCAUGCCGGUAUCCGACAAUACUGCAGAUAUCCGGAAAAUAAGGAACGGGAUAACAAUAAAACGUUUUUCUAGCUAUCAUUAUGGUCUCUGGAACUGUACUCAUCCUGCCUGUCAGAAUGGCUACUGUUUGGAAGGCAAUUUAGAAAAUCCAAGAAUGAAGGAUGACACACUGUCUGAGCCAAACCCUCAUCUGGAAGGGAAUACGGCUGACCCGCGUAUAAUUGGGGGCUGCGUUGCUGGACUCCUUGCUCUCAUCUUGGUGGGAGUUGUCGUAUUCCUCAUAUGCAGGAAUCGUCGCUCGCACAGCAUCAGUGAGACUACGAAGGUGAAGGAAAGGCAAGGGAGCAAGGACCCAGAUGGACCAGAAGGAUCUUCAAAGAGAAGAGAGGAAGCAGAACCUGGGACGGAAGCAGAACCUGGGACGGAAGACCACAUCUACACGGAGGGAGCCAAUCAAAUCGAAUACUCAGCUCUAGAGUUCAGAGAGGCUGGAGGUUGCCAGACUAAGAUGGAUAACGGGACGCUAGCCGUCGUAUACGCCGAAAUGCCCAAGAGCGACUUAACCAAGAGGGUUGGGUAG